AUGGAGGAUGGCAGUCUGGGACCAGACACGCUGCUUAGUGGGGCAAGGAAACCCAACUCCUUAGCGGGCAGCAGCAACGAUGUGGAGUCAGAGGAGGACUUUGAGCCAAAAAUCAUCCCAUACAAGCAAAUCCAGCCGCAGAGUCCGCCAAAGAAACUGAUCAGGGCCAAAUACGUGAGCACCGAGCUGGGCAUUCGCGAGCGCUUAUUUGUCGGAGUCCUCACUUCCAAAAACAGCCUGAGCACUUUGGCGGUGGCCCUGAACCGCACCAUCAGCCACCACCUGGACCUCGUCAUCUUCUUCACCGGGACGCGGAAUCGCAAAGUCCCCCACGGAAUGUUCGUCGUAUCCCACGGAGACGAGAGGCAAAUCUGGAACAUGUACCAAACCGUGAAAUACAUCCUCGAACAUUACAUCGGCGAGUUCGAUUGGUUUUAUCUGGUGCAAGACGACGCGUAUGUGGAAGCGGGCCGCGUCAAGGAGCUGGUGGAGCACCUCAGUAUGGACCGGCAGCUGUACAUGGGACGUCCCGCGGAGUUCAUAGGCGGAGAGAUGGAGGGGAAGUAUUGCCAUGGGGGAUACGGGUUCCUCCUGUCCCGGUCGCUGCUGCUCAAACUGCAGCCCUUUCUGGAGAACUGCAGGAAUGACAUUCUGAGCGCGAGGCCUGACGAGUGGCUGGGGAGAUGCAUCAUCGAUUACACCAGCACCAACUGUGUCAGCCAGCAUGAGGGACUUCACUACUACCAUUUUGAGCUGGAGAAGAAUUCGGACCCCAGCAAAGAGGCCAGUGAGGAGUUCAAAAGGGCGCUGACGGUGCACCCGGUGUCGGAGCCGGAGCAGAUGUACCGGCUGCAUCGCUUCUUCACCCAGAUCGAGCUGCAGAGGACUUACCAGGAGAUCGCUAAGCUGCAGGCGGAGAUAAAGAAUGUGAGUGUAGAGGCCAUCGAAGGGAACCGUAGCGCCCACUGGCCUAUAGGGGUCACUGCUCCAUUCGAGCCCAAGACUCGCUUCGAGGUCCUGAGCUGGGAGUACUUCACGGAGGAGGAGAUCUUCACCUGUGUGGACGGCUCUCCCAAGUGUGAGCUAAAGGGCAUCGACCACAUGGAUGUUUUGGACGUGAUGGAAGUCGCAGUCGGGCAACUCAAUAAGAAAUACGCUCCGCUCUUGCAUAUGAAGAAACAAGCUUUGAUCAACGGGUAUCGGCGAUUUGACCCCACGCGAGGAAUGGAGUAUAUGUUGGACUUAAAGCUAGAAGUGUCCACUCAAAAGGGUCACAGUCGAUCCAUCACGAAGCGAGUUCACUUGGUCCGACCUCUUAGCAAAAUCGAGAUAAUUCCAAUGCCUUACGUAACCGAGGCAACGCGCGUGCAUAUCAUUAUACCUCUGACGGCACAACUCAAAAACUACGUCACUCAUUUUCUCGACGUUUUUGCCGCCAACGCCUUCGAAACCAGCGAGAAUGCCGUUUUGACGUUCCUGUUCAUCUACGACUCGGUGGAGGCCCAGCAGGAUUACAACCCAGAGGUGGCCUAUCACAACCAGCCUUACCCCGCCUCUGUGGACCUGGUGAAGGACGCGGGACACUUCGACCGCAUGUCCUUCGACGAGGCCUGCUUUUACAACUCCGACUACAUGUCCACGCGAACUCAAAUGGCGGCGGACGUGCAGGAGAACGAGGAAAUCUUGGAGACGCUGGAUAUUUACGAGAUGUUUGUGAAGUAUUCCAGCUUGCACGUGUUCAGGGCCACCGAGCCUGCGUUGCAUCAGCAGUACCGCUACGAGAACUGCAACCCGCGGCUCAGCGAAGAGAUCUACCACAGAUGUGUUCAAAGUAACUUGGAAGGUUUAGGGUCGCGCUCCCAGCUCGCCAUGCUGCUUUUCGAGCAAGAGCAAGGCAACAGCACAUGA